AUGACGCCUUUGGCGCCUUGUUGCGCCUGUCUCACCGCAUCCACGAAGCGACAGGCUGCUCGUACCUUGUCGACCUCUGCUACCAUACGAGUCCCUGUGACGAACGCCCCGACGAGCUUCGCACCGAUAGCCUCGACGUCACGGAUGCCCGGUGCGAGUUAUUCGAUAGACGGCGCAUCGCUUGCGCGACCUGACCAGCCACAUGGAGCUCGAGAAAACGCUCAAAUGGGACGAAGGCUAUCCGUACCAGCACCAAAGGGUCCUUCACGGCGAAUGCUCGCCGCGAGCCCGGCCGAGCUCGCCUUCAACCUCGCGCACCUGCUACGAGGGCGUCAACCCAAAUACGCGUUGCAUGUGUACCUCACCGAACUCAGCCGUUCCCCGUCUUUCGUCAGCUCGGAAAACUUCGUCUCGCUGCUGCGCCUUUUCAUCGAAUAUGGCCAGAUCUCUUGUGCGCUCGAGGCGCUCAAGGCCUCGCGUCGCAAGGGGUGGGCCAUCCCGGCUUCGAUAGCCAAGCUCGUCAUUACCAACUCCGCAAGCCAAAUCGUCUCGAACCCAGCCUACCUUGAGACUCUCGUAGAAUGGGUUAAGCAAUUGCAGGAGCCGACCGAGGACGAGAUGGAGCGAUCGGCUGAGGACAGGAAGCUCGGUGCACACUUUGCUCUUGCGGCGAUGGAUGCUCUCAAGAGAGUUGGCCAAAGCGAUGCGGCUCUCGAGAUCUUUGCCAAUCAUAUCGACUCGGCUCAUGAAGGCGACAUUGGUCGGCCCGAGAUGUGGGCCGAGGCAAUUCGGUGCAAGGCCUCCGAUCGCGACAUUGACGGCGCGCAGGAGCUCUUCUUUCAGUGGCGUACUCUUUGGUUCGAGUCUCGAGUCUCGGAAACUCUCCCCGUCCUCGAAACGACUGAAUCCUCGCUACAUAGACGAAGCAAAGGGCUGAUGACUCAUACGGGCGGGCAGGAUUUGACGAUCCUUGAGUCUCCACCUGCGGAACCAUACCUCGCCCUCCUCAACUUCCUGGCGAUCGCGACGUAUCGACGCCCAGCCGAACGCGACGCGGCCUACUCGAUCGUUUCUCUGCUACACCAGGAUCGUGUCCGACUCUCGACGCCUGUCUUCAACGCCCUGCUGCGUGUCGAACUGCAGCGAGCUCAUUUCACCUCGUUUUGGGGUUUGCUCGCCAGAAUGAUGCAGGGUGGGUGGCAGCGCGACCACAUGACUUGGCGGCUCUGCAUCCAAGCCUUGAUCCAACCGCAAGUACGGCGCGAAAGUUCGAUGCUACGUGCGAGCUCAAGUCGAGGCUUGCGUACUGCUCAUCGUCCGAAUCGUGUCGAGGCCCACCGUGCGAGCCCCUUGCAGCGCGAGGCAGGCUACCCAUCCCAAGAUCCACCGACUGCUCGAGCGCUGUACCGAUCGUUCCUCGAUGCUCAUCGGGAAGCUACGGGUGGCAAGCGACUCUUGGUCUUGCCGGGAUUACUGAAGCCGAUCAUGUCCACCAUCACGCUCAACACGUUCCUCAAGCUAUUCCUGCAAAGGCAAGAUUGGGUCGCCGUGGCGCACGUCUUAGAGGCGUUCAAAGUCUACGGCCUCGAUCCGAACGAACGAACGCACGGCCAGGUUGUUGUCGGUCUCGUCAAGCUGUGGGAGAAGGGAAAUGUGGUAGGGAUAAUUGAGGAGGAGGACGCGAUGGACCGUGGCCAGCUGACGUGGGACAAUCGGGAAAGGACGCUCAAGGCGCAACGGCAGUCAACCAAUGGGAUGCAGCUCAUUGCCAGGAUCUUGCAAAAGAGGAGGGAGAAGCACGCUGCUUGGGAUAAAGAGGCCGUAUCGUGGGACGAGGAAGCUGGUGACGAGAAGAUCAACGUCGCUUCCGGCAAGACGCCGGAGCGGGUAGCCACGAAGGAGCUGAGAGAUGUGGGCUAUCUCAUUGACUUGUUGAGAAGCUGCUCGGGGGCCAGUGAGGACGAAUGGGUCCAGUUGAGGGCGGAGGCAUUGAAUGAGUUUGGUCAGAGUGCUCAGAAUCUACUCUGA